CAGUAGCGGUGACAGUAGUUGUCAAUAGAAAUGUUAGUGUUUUAGACCUUUAAUUUUAUAAAUUUAAUUUAUAAAAUCGAUGUCAUCUAUAAUAUGCCACAUAUAAGUAUUUAACAAACUGGCCCCAAAAAUGUUUUUGUCAAUUCUAAUCAUUUCGUUCAUUGGUUUUUUCGGACAAUCUCAUUCAUCCUACCUGGAAUUAAGCGAUAAUUUUUCAGAAUUGAAGAAAAAUGGUGGUCACUGGUUGAUUAAGUUUUAUGCCCCUUGGUGUGGACAUUGCCAAAGACUAGAACCUGUUUGGGCUCAAGUUGGCGAAGCUCUAAUCCAUACAAAUGUAAAAGUUGGACGUAUUGACUGUAGCCACUUUCCUAAAAUUGCGUCCGAAUUUGGAAUUCGUGGAUACCCGACUAUUAAGUUUAUAACAACAGAUUCUGAGCACACAUUCACUGGAGACAGAAACAAGGAUGACAUUAUACAAUUCGUAUCUAGAGUAGCUGGGCCCCCUGUUAGAGAACUUGCAACAGCAAAAGAUUUUACAGAAAUUAAGCAAUCCAGGCGAGUGUUUUUUGCAUUUAUUGGCGACAAAAGUGGAGAAUUUUGGGAAACAUAUUUUGAUGUAGCUAAGAGGUUUCAACCUUUCAGUCAUUUUUAUGUCUUAAAAGAAGAAGUUGCUAAACAAUUACUCACUGUUCCACUGGUACCAUCUCUUUUUGUAUACCAAGAUAAUGAACCUAGUUAUUUUUCAGCCUCUGACUCCAAAGUAAUAGAUGAUCCAUCUCUGAAUGCUUCUAUGAGUAAAUGGGUGAACGAAGAAAGAUUUGGGACUUAUUUAAAAGUAUCGCGGGGCAAUUUAAACGACCUAAUGCACCUUAAUCGCUACGUGGUUCUGGCGAUCGUAGAUGAAAAAUAUUUACAUGAACCUGACAUGGCGAAAUUUAAAGAUAUGAUAGGCAACAUCAUCAAGACGAAUAAGAGAAAGUAUCGCAAAAGAUUUAUUUUCGGCUGGGUAGGGAACCCCGAAUUUGCUAAUAGCAUUGCUCUGGAUGUGGUACCAUUGCCGUACCUUCUGGUUAUAAAUUCUACAAAUCACUAUCAUCAUGUACCUGACGUUGAAGAUUGUUCAAAGAUGACCGCUCGAGAUGUUGAACUAUUUUUGGAAACGAUUUAUAAUCAAUCUGCUUUUGCCUAUGGUGGGAACGGUUAUGGAACCCGCCUAUACCGAGCAUAUUUUGAAGCAAAAACAGCCGUCAUUGAGAUGUGGCAAGGAAAUCCCAUAUUGACAGCCAUAUUAUUUACUAUACCAGUUUUGUUUAUCAUUUUCAUAUUUUAUUCUUUGUGUUUUGCGGAUAUUCUAGAUAACGAUGGCAUUGAAGAGGACGAGGAUGAUGAGGAUGCUGAAGAAGAGGCACUAAUUGAAUCCCAUCUAAAAAGCGAGUAAAUGUACUGUAAAAAAAUGUCUAGUCAAUGGAUGUAUAGAUGUAUGUACUUAAUUUAUUGUUUGAUAAGUGUACAAAAUAUUAAAAUCAGUGUUGUAUCAAUUAUUAUUUAAGUUUUUAAAUUGUUAUAAAUAAAUAUGUGUUAAAAGUCUU